CAAUUACGUUCACUAUUAAUAUUAUCAUCGCUAGGCUUCCUUAGAUUGCCACCGGCAGCAGACUGUGACAUUUGUUUUCCUAUUUUAACUAUAUUUUAUAUAAUAUCAUUAAAAAAAUUUAGGAAAAGAAAGAAUUUAAACAAAGCGUGGUCAAAAAAAGAAAGAAAGAAAGAAAUAGGUAGGGGUUGAGAAAUGAUAGUUUCCAAAUGAAUUAGGUAUUACGCAAAGCCACAAAUUGCCGUUGGGAGAAGCGGACUAUCUGUCUCCUUCUCUAACCCAAUUCCUAAUCAAUCCGAUCUCAUACACCAAACCCUAAUCCUUCUUUUUAAUCAAAAUUAAACAAUACAUAUCAUUCUCAUUCAGAAUUUCCAUUUCUCGAACAAGAAGAAGGAAAGAAGAAGAAGAAGUAGAUCAAAUGGAUGCGCCUAGCUCAUGGGACGCUUUACGGAAACAGGCAAGAAAACUUGAAGCUCAGUUGGAUGAGCAGAUGAAUUCAUACCGUAAACUGGUUUCCUCAAAGGGCUCUAUAAAAGUUGAUGCUGCAGAGAAUGAUCUUGAAUCUGGUGUAGAUCGACUCUUAAAGCAGCUUCAACAAGUGAAUUCACAGAUGCAAGCGUGGGUGUCAUCUGGAGGUUCAGAAAUGGUUUCUCAUACCUUGACUCGGCAUCAAGAAAUUCUUCAAGAUCUCACUCAGGAAUUUCAUCGUCUCCGUUCCAGCCUGAGAGCUAAGCAAGAACAUGCUUCACUUCUUGAGGAUUUUAGAGAGUUUGAUCGGACAAGGUUAGACUUGGAAGAUGGUGUUGGUUCUACGGAACAAGCUCUUCUUAGAGAGCACGCAUCCAUUGGUAGAAAUACAGGACAGAUGGAUAAUGUGAUUUCACAAGCUCAAGCAACUCUUGGUGCACUUGUACUACAACGUUUAACUUUUGGGGGAAUCAAUUCAAAGCUCAGCAAUGUCAGCAGCCGCCUUCCAACGGUAAACCACAUUCUUACUGCAAUAAAGAGGAAAAAGUCGAUGGAUACCAUAAUACUUUCCCUGGUUGCAUCAGUUUGCACUUUUCUCAUCUUUAUUUAUUGGUUGACCAAGUAAGAACGUCAUAUCAUGUGGGUGCUUGUGGUGAAGCAGCCCUAUCCAUUGACUGUUAAACGAGGGUUGUGGAUUUUGGCGUGUCUAUGGUGGCAUCACUAGUGGAGAAUAUAUUGUAAUUUUUUCUUUUUUAUUUUUAUGUCCAUAAAAAGUAAAAUGUCAUUACAAAAUUUGUGUAGACAAAGAUGAUCAAUAGGAGGCUGAGACUGUGAUAUUGCAUUGUUACUUUCCACUCGUACUUGGCCCUGGAUUAACCAGGGACAGGGUUGUUAAAUAAGCUAUGUUUUGUAAUCUCUGUUUUUCGUGAACGGCCUGAAUCACAUUUUGUAGUACAAGGGGUAUGAAUCCAGAAAGAAAAGGAAUUUGUUAUUAUAGAA